CAGGCCCCGGGCCCCCAGGCAGAGCGGCAGGCCCCAGGCCCCCAGGCGGAGCGACAGGUCUCGGGCCCCCAGGCGGAGCAGCAGGGGCACCGAGUCACCAGGCACGACAGUGGGCUCCGAUCAACUGGCAUGACCGCGGGCACUGGGUCAGACAUUGGAUCGUCUGGCUGGACAGCGGGCAUCGGGUCACCAGGCAUCAGGUCAUUUGGCUCGACAGCGGGCACCGCGUCAUCUGGCAAGGCAGUGGGCUCCGAGGCAACUGGCAUGACCGCGGGCACUGGGUCAGACAUUGGAUCGUCUGGCUGGACAGCGGGCAUCGGGUCACCAGGCAUCAGGUCAUUUGGCUCGACAGCGGGCACUGCGUCAUCUGGCAAGGCAGUGGGCACCAAGUCACCAGGCACGACAGUGGGCUCUGAGUCAAUUGGCAUG